AGAGGCAUCGAGCAUGGAGAAGAAGCAGAAGAACAUUGGCGACAUCCUCCCUCAUGACCUGAUUCACAGAAUCUUACUGAGAGUGCCGGCCAAGCAUCUCGCUCGCCUCAGGUGCAUUUCGAAGCUCUGGUACUCUCUAAUUUCCGAUUCACAAUUUGCGGAAUUGCAUUAGCCACCAACGCAGCCAUCUUCGUAAACCGCACUAUGGCUUACUUCGUUAACUUAGAAGCACUAUUUAGUGACGACAAUGAUGCAUCACCCGUAAAAGUGGUGCCUCCCCCUUACAAGAAGAAAAGACCACCUACUAAUUUUGAGUUCCUGGGAUCCUGCAGAGGCUUUGUUCUCUUACAUCGAAACCCACAUUUUCUUGUGGUAUGUACAACGAGAUUAGGCUUCCUUGCAAGUUCCAUCUGUAUGGAUUUGGUUAUGAUGCUUCACAAGAUGACUAUUUAGUUGUUGUAGCUUGGCACGAUAAGGAUUACCAUUAUCACUUGGAUUACUUGUCCUUGAGAACCAAUUCAUGGAUUAAUCUCGAUGCUGCACUCACCAAACCCUUGGGUGUUUUUGAGAUCAAUUAUUGUGGGUUGUUCUUGAAUGGUGCUAUUCAUUGGCUCCCUCACUCUCCUAAAACUUACAGGGGUGCUAUUCUUAUCUUUGAUCUGAAGGAGAGGACUUUAUCAAAGAUAUCUGGGCCGGAACAACCUGUAAUGAGUGCAUUCUCCUAUUCAAAUCUCGCCUUACUAGGAGGCUGCCUAGCCUUGUAUUAAUGAUAGCUGUAACACUCACAUAUGGGUGAUGAAAGAAUAUAAAAUGCACUCAUCUUGGACUCUCUAUGAGAUUCCUUGCAAUGUCUAUCAGCUAUUCUGCUUAUCCAGUAAUGGUGAUAUUAUUGUAAGAGGUUAUGCUUCGUAUGAUGAAGUAGGGUACUUCAUAUAUAAUGUUAGAGGAGACCUGCUCACACAUUUUGAUGAUCUUCUUUAUCCAUUCCAAACAACGGAUCCUGUGUAUACAGAGAGUCUAUUGCCAUUUCCUAGUGACAUUAAGAAUAAGGAUAAGAAGAAGAAGACGAUAAAGAAGAGGAAGGAAAACGGUGUAAUGCAAUGGUGAUCUUUUCUGGAGGCCAUGAGAAUCAGAAAGAUGUCAAACAAGGAAAGAGAAUUUAGAGAGAAUGAUUGAACAACAGAGACACUUAAUUCUACUGUAAAUAAAGUGUAGGAUUGGCAAGUUGAGCUGGAAGAAGCUUUUAGAGAAUUUUAUUUUAUUUUGCUUUUGCUUUUGCUUUUGAGUAUGAUUUCCCUUCCAAUUAUGAAGGUGAAAAACUGGAACAUUUGAAAGCGCAAAUAGAGUUUCCCCUAGUUAAAUCCAAUGUCUUUUUAGUUUUUUGUAUUAAAUAUAAUACUAAAAUCUCUUAUAUUA